UCACUGCAGAAACCAUGGCUCAGGGUGUCCUGUGUCUAGCCCUUACCCUGCUUGGGGUCCUGCAGAGCCAGGCCCAGGACUCAACUCAGAACUUGAGCCCUGCCCCGUCUCUGCUCAAGGUUCCCCUGCAGCCAGGCUUCCAGAAGGACCAGUUUCAGGGGAGGUGGUAUGUUGUGGGCCUGGCAGGCAAUGCAGUCCAGAAGGAAGAAGAAGGCCGCUUUACAAUGUACAGCACCACCUAUGAGCUGCAAGAGGACAACAGUUACAAUGUCACCUCCAUCCUGCUCAGGGACCAGCGCUGUGACUACUGGAUCAGAACUUUUGUUCCAAGUUCCAGGGCUGGCCGGUUCACCCUGGGAAACAUUCGUAGUUAUCCUCAGGUACGGAGCUACAAUGUACAAGUGGCCGCUACUGACUACGACCAGUUUGCCAUGGUAUUUUUCAAGAAGACUUCUGGAAAAAAGCAAUAUUUCAAAAUCACCCUGUAUGGGAGAACCAAGGAACUGCCCGCUGAACUAAAGGAGCGCUUUGUACGCUUUGCCAAGUCUCUGGGCCUUACUGAUGACCAAAUCAUCUUCUCUGUCCCCACCGACCAAUGCAUUGACAACUGAACAGGCGCCCCAUCUUUCCUGUUUCCAGAGAGCCCACCUGCUUACCCCACCAGCCACGAUGCCAGUGAGCACCAGAUGACUCGUCUUACUGGGCAGCACUGCCCAGCCACCUGUC